AUGGCUGGUAAAUAUCGUCAAAAAGGAGCAAAGAAGAUGGCGCGUCAGCAGAAUGUUUAUUCGGUUCACAUUCUUCUCGGAUUGGAUGAUCUGAAGCUUGUGGAUGCUCCCAUCAAGGAAAUUGUUCCAUUAUUUGUACAGAGCGCGCAAAAAUCUGUAUUUGUGAUCGCAAAGAUGCUGGACACGAUGGAAUUGAAUAUGAGAAGUGUUGAUGAUGGUGUAUUAGACGUGAAUUAUCUUCUCUACGUUUGCCGGGAUCUGAACAUCGCGAUGGAGAAUCUCUUUGUGGUCUCCUACCAAUUAGAGGAACUGAAACUACUCUUUGAUCAAUAUGGAGGCGACAAGCAAAUCCCAAGAAAGGCACGAUGUAUGAGUAGGGUGCAACAGUUGGAAUGGCCUUCCCAUGAAGAGCAGAGCAUCCUAGAACGAGAAAAUCUUCCCUCGUUCUACGACUUGUACGCGCUCUUCCAAAAAUUCUUCAAAAUGGGCGUCAAAAAUGUUUCUCUCGUCGUAAAGCAAGCGGCCUCAUUUUACCCAGAGAUCGAACAAGCUGCCAUUAAAGAGGACGCUAAGAAAAAAAAAGUUUAUAAGCUUAUAAACUCCUUCUGGUAUUAUUCACCGAUGAAAUCACACGAAGUUCUCAAAAUAAAGACGAGCAGCAUUAGCAUUGAGCGGGCCGAAGGCAUGGCUUUGAGUUUGAAGCCGAAACUCAUGAAACGUCUUUGUACCGUUAAGAAAAAUGUCGAAGUAGUUGUGGACAUGGUUCUGGAAAUGGAUGAAACCCCAUGCGACGAAACAUACGAAUUGGUUCAUGCAGCGUGUCAAGUAGCUCAGAAAGCAAUCAAGAAGAUCAUGCCGUAUUGUGAACAGGCAUUUGAGCUCGAAGUGCAAAUCAAGAAGAACACGGAUUUCAUUCCUUAUGACGCACGCAGAAGGUCGAAACCAUUUGGAACGAUAGUAUUCAAGGAUGUGCCAAAAGAUCUAUGCAAUGGGAAAGAUGAACAGAAACACAAGAUGCAUAAACUGCUGGCUUACGAGGUUUUGAAAAUCGCACUAGAAGUUAUUGAACAUUCCUUUGGAGCCAUCGAUGUAUUAAAAGAAUUGCAGGAAGCAAAAGAAAGCAAUGACAACGGUAAUGAAGAUGCCAAUAGCAAUAUGAACACUGAAGACGCUUCUACAUCUGAAUACGAAAAAUGGUUGGAACUUCAAGGUGACAUAAUUGAGUUACAAGAGGAUCAAGAAGCAAUUUUUUACUUGGAGAGAAAGGAAUGUUUGAAAACUACAACCAUUGGUCGUAACACUUUGUACAAUCAUUUUAUGGCAAACUUCGACCCCGAUUGUGUAGAAGUCAAUCUUGAUAGGUACAAUAAGAGCAAUCAAAUGGUUUAUAAGUUUAUGGAUAUGGUGGAUAGAGGAUUCACAUCUCUCACUAUUCUUGAAAUCGCCGAUAUUCUCCGUGAUAAUGUGAUGGAAGGAUGUCGCCGAUUGGUGGCUCUUCGAGAUAUUCUUGAAUCUCGCAUUCCGCCUUUGACUAGAAGAGCUCCUUUGACAGAACAGGAAGGGUUGGAACUCUAUUCAGUAUUUCGGCGAUUGAAGAAUUUAACAAUGGAUGUUCUUUGUAACAUCGAGCAGAAUCUGGAAAUAUCUUCACAAGCGAUGAAGUAUGGGCUUAAGGCAAAACUUCCGCUUGAUGCCGAACGUCUCACAAAUCGAUUCAUAUAUCCGCGGUUUCCUUCAUUUUACAUGGACGCCGAAAAAAGGAAACAGUUGGACGUUAUUAGACAAACGGCAAAUGUUAUGAUAGCCAUCGUCAAUCGAAUUCUUGUUACGUCACGGCAAGUCGAUGAAACGCCACUUGCUGCACCUGUUCGUGGAUCUUGUGAAACAGAGGUUGGCCCAAAAGACGAUGACGUAGCUGCUAACAAUGAUGGCCCAGCUCAUGAGACGGUUGAUGACAAGACUUGUAGAACGCUUGAUGGCGACGCCUCUGAUGAGAAUGUGAAACCCGUUAAUGACACAGAAAAACAAACACAAUUGGCACCAUCUGAAGGCAACAUUUUCAAACUUUUGUUGGAUUCUAAAAAAUCUGAUCUUCAACCUUCUGCAUAUCUUCAUAUGAUGGUUAGCAUUGAAAAAGAUGAUCAAUGGUUCAAGAACGAACCGUUAUACAUAAAGCAUACUGCCGAAUUGAGAGCAAAUGGGAAAUCGAUACUGAUAAUGGAUCUCCUUAAUACCUUCCACGAAUCGAUUGAAGAUGACAUGGCGAUUUUGAGAGACGACAUUCUUGAUCUCUUGUACGCAGUCAAAGACAACCGCAAGAGUGAUCGGGAUGCGUUGAAGAAAGAAGCAAUCUCGACAAUGAAGAGAAUCAUAAGUUCUGUCAACAUGAUUAAAGAGUUUAGCUUCCACGUGGAAAUCACCGAAGAUCAAAUUGUGUUUGUUUUCACAAAACCAACCCAACCUCCAGUUUUUUUUAACUUCACUUCAAAGGCAGCGAGAUACUACGAAGCUGUGGAAUUGUUCGUGGAAAAUUCACUCAUAAUGGCUCAGGAAGUCCGAAACUCAUGGUAA